GUGUGUUGUCUAUGUGAUUUCAUCGACUACAAUGAAUCAUGUCGUUCAUUAUAUUUCGUUCUUAUAAAUCCAGUCAAUGAUCGACUGGAUAAGCGACGGCGAUCACAGUGAAUUCAAAUCAAAUAAAAGUCCUAGGAUAAGGAAGUUUUAUUUUUUGAGUCAAAAUGAGCCCAAAAUUAGAUAUUGUCGUUGAUAUCGAAAAUUCUACCGUAGAUAUAUACACUUGGACCAUUCCAAGGCCAUCAUUUUCAAGUGAAAAACUUAUGAUAAAUGAAUUGUUGCAGUCAUCGUCAAACAUUAGUAUUAAGAGUAAAGCUUCACAAAGUUCAACAUUGUCAGAGUGUUUUGAUGAUCUAAAUAGAGAAAAUGUUUCUCACAGACAAUGUAAGGAUUUGGAAACAUCAUCAACAGUAUCUUCAACUAACUUUACUAUUAUUAACGGAAUAAGUGAGCUUUCAAAUUUCAAAAAAUCAAAACAAUGUUGGUGUACACGACAUCAAUUAACAGUUCUGGUUACUACGAUGACCAUUGUAUUAUUUUUAGCAAUACUGUAUUGCUUACUUUAUGUACACUUUAAAAAUCAAGUAUUACAAUUAAAAUACAAAUCGUAUAAAUCGUAAAAUAUAAAACAUAAAUUAUUUAGGAAUAUUAACAUUUCACAAUUUUUAAUUUGUGUUUUAUUAUGUAAUUAAAAAUUGUAAAAAUAUUUCAUUUAAUUUUAAAAUUAAAAUUAUGUACAACAUAUAAUUAAUAUCUAGCCAAUUUCGUUUUUAAUAUAAAUUAUAGACUGAUUAUGAGCCGAGAAAAAAAUAGUACCUAUAACAAUUAUCUAAACUGUAAGUGUUAAUAAUGAAUCUAAGAUAUAUUAUAAGAUGAAAAGAUAAACUUUUUUUGAAUAACGUAUUUACCCCACCUAGCCCUAUUCUAAGCACUUCCGUAACAACCUCAGAUAGAUACAUGAUAAAAAGGUGCAUUAUCCACAAAAAUGUUUAUUUAUAUAAUUUGAUAAUAAAUAAAUGGACGACACUUUUUAAAUUA